AUCUUUGCCUAGGGUGAUCGUUGGGCUCACUAGGGACUACCUUUUGUUGCAAUGUCCUGCUGACAGCAGUCAGAGCGUGAGCAGUCAUGGCUGGCGGCAGCGGCGGCGCGGACACCGCGGACGACACGCGCACGGCGCGCUCGCUGGCCGCUCUGUCGUUCGCCGUCACCGUGAUCGCCGUCGGCGUGCCCGUCUGGCUAAAAACCACCGAGAUCUACCGGGCGGCCAUCCUGUACGGCGGUAUCGCCGGUCUGCAGGAGCUGGAGCUGCGGGUGGGUGCCGGCGCGCGGCUGGAGGUGCUGGCGGAGGACGGGCCGGCCGCCGAGCGGCUCGCGGCCGGCCUGGCGCCGCUGCUGCCAGACUGUCGGCUGGACGGCCGCUCGUUCACGGAGGCAGAGCGGGGCCGACUGGCCGACGCCGCGGACCCGUGGGCGGCGGACGACGCGCUGAACUCUGUCGGAGAGUCGGACCACCUGCGGCUAAUAGUGCUGCCCGAGCGGCUGGCGCCGUCCGCCGCCGCGCCGGUGAUGUUCGGACGCUACGCUGACGUGUUAGUGACGCCGACGGUUGGUGCUGAGCAGCUGGCCGCGCUGCUCCGCCAGACGGUGGUCGGGGAUGUGUCUGACGCGGUGGCCACUCGCCGAGUCCGCUCAGCACCCGCCUACGACCUGCUGGUGUCGGUGGCGGCGCCGCGGCCACUCUCACCCGAACCUCUCUGGGACGGCAGCGGCGCGGCCGGCCGUCUGCUGGAGCCGGUCAUCGAACGGCUGCGACCCCUCGCCAACAUAUCCGUCAAGUCUCAGCACCUCUACCACGCGGACCUGGGCGUGCGGCCCGGCUGGGACGACACGGCCGGCGAGUAUUUCCUCUCGGAGGAGCAGCUGUCGCUGGUGGUGACGCCGCUGGAAGCCCGGCUGGGCGCCUCCGUCUCCGGCCGGCCCACGCUGCAAUUUGUGGUGUACGUGCCAGCUCCGGCGGAGCAGCCGCUGCACCUGCGGCCGGCCGGCGCCGCCGACGCGUUCCUCUCGCCGCGCUGGGGUGGUGUGCAGGUGUACAACCCGCCGGCCGGUCAGGAGACGGUGGAUGCGCGCCGCGUGGUGACGGUGCUGGUUACCCAGCUGCGCCUGCUGCUGGGUGUGCCGGAGCCGCCGCCUGAGGCCGCCGUCCGACCGGCCGGCCCCAGCGGACUCCGUGGCUGGGAGCUGAUGGCGCUCCGCCGGCGGCGCGCUGUCGAGAACGUGGAGAGCGCACGCCGGAACCUGGCCUCGCUGGCCGCCAUGCUGGAACAGAUCUCCAACAUCGUCAUCGACGACUCGGUGGGCGCUGCGGUGCAGGACGGCGUGGCGGCGGCCGAGGAGGCGGCGCGGUACCUCGCUGAGGGACGGGAGGCAGACGCGUACGCCAGCUCGUGUCGAGCGCUGGCCAACUCAGAGCGGGCCAUCUAUGACCCGAGCAUGCUGGCGCUGCUGUAUUUCCCGGACGACCAGAAGUACGCCAUCUACAUUCCGCUGUUUCUGCCGGUCAGCAUCCCCGUGCUGAUGUCGCUGCGCAGCAUCUGGGGCUGGGUCAGAGGCGCCCCGGAGAAGGUGAAAGCUGAGUGAUGCCGCCCAGCCCCUUCGUCAUUGAGACGGCCUGUGUGGCGUGACAGAGUGGUUGGUCGUAAAGAGACUCAACGGACUCCCACUGGAGAUGGGAAAGACAUUGGUGCGCUCAUCGUCAUGUGUGCUUUGUAUGAUGGUGUGAUACCUUUUGGCUGGUUCUGUAGUGGUCAAACGGGCUGAUGAUAUCCUUUGAAUGUGAUUUGUUUCGCUCAAUCAGCUUGUGUGUUUCGGCUUCUGAUGACCGGAUUUUGAAUGUGAGCUUGUGUUAUGUCCAUUCACUGCAGGUUGUGCACCGGUUUCUGAAAACCACCCAGUCAGAUAUGAAUGUCCUUGUCCACGCUGCGCUUAGACAUUGUCGUCCCGUGUUAUACGAGACUGUCGUGAUUACUACGAAUACUGUGUUGUACAUUUUAUCGGAUCACUGGCACUUGUUCGGACAACUAUGUGAUACGUAAAUGCUUCGAUGAAAUGAAAUGCACUGAAAUUGCAA